AUGUCUCCAGAGCCUGGGACUCUGCCUAACAUAAGAUGCAGGCUCAAUAAUGAUGUGUUCCGCUACAUUAAAAUGAACCUUGAGUCUGAAGAGAUCCGAGCUCAGCUGGUGGAGCAACAAAAAUGCCUCGAGCAGCAGACGGAGAUGCGGGUUCAGCUGCUCCAGGACCUGCAAGACUUCUUCCGGAAGAAAGCUGAAAUCGAGACAGAAUAUUCCCGGAACCUGGAGAAGUUGGCGGAAAGGUUCAUGGCCAAAACGAGAAGCACUAAGGACCACCAGCAGUUCAAGAAAGAUCAGAACCUGCUGUCUCCAGUGAACUGCUGGUAUUUGCUCCUGAACCAAGUGAGGAGAGAAAGCAAAGACCACGCCACCCUGAGCGACAUCUAUCUGAACAAUGUCAUCAUGCGGUUCAUGCAGAUAAGCGAGGAUUCCACCCGGAUGUUUAAAAAGAGCAAGGAGAUUGCUUUCCAACUGCAUGAGGACUUAAUGAAGGUUCUUAAUGAGCUCUACACGGUGAUGAAGACAUACCACAUGUACCACGCCGAGAGCAUCAACGCAGAGAGCAAGCUGAAAGAAGCCGAGAAGCAAGAGGAGAAGCAAAUUGGGAGGUCCGGGGACCCCGUCUUCCACCUCAGACUAGAAGAGCGGCACCAGAGGCGUAGCUCCGUGAAGAAAAUUGAAAAGAUGAAGGAAAAGAGACAAGCAAAAUAUUCAGAAAAUAAGCUGAAAUCAAUUAAAGCAAGGAACGAGUAUCUCCUGACACUUGAAGCAACCAAUGCCUCGGUGUUCAAGUAUUACAUUCACGAUCUUUCAGACUUAAUCGAUCACAUAUACAAACACACACACACACACACACCAAACCUACAAAACAAGGAAAGUGAAUUAAUGAAAGGCUUACAUAAAUGCCAGCCCUUAUUCCUGUUCCUACUCAUCAAGCCAGAGGCUUUCUCACUUGCUUCCCGUUGUUUCAGGGAUGAUACAUUUUCAGACACUCUGAGCCAAAAAGCUGACAGUGAAGCCAGCAGCGGGCCAGUCACUGAAGACAAGUCUUCAUCCAAGGACAUGAACUCUCCAACUGACCGCCAUUCCGACAGCUAUUUAGCCAGGCAAAGAAAAAGAGGAGAGCCACCCCCUCCAGGAAGACGUCCUGGCAGGACCAGUGAUGGCCAUUGUCCCCUCCAUCCCCCACAUGCUCUUUCUAACUCCUCAAUUGAUCUGGGGUCCCCAAACCUAGCCAGUCACCCCAGGGGCCUGUUGCAAAAUCGUGGCCUCAAUAAUGACAGCCCUGAGCGACGGCGGCGGCCGGGCCAUGGCAGCCUGACCAACAUCAGCCGCCAUGACUCCCUCAAGAAGAUUGACAGCCCUCCUAUCAGGAGGUCUACGUCGUCAGGGCAAUACACAGGCUUCAAUGACCACAAGCCACUGGACCCAGAAACAAUUGCUCAGGAUAUCGAAGAGACCAUGAACACUGCUUUGAAUGAACUCCGUGAACUAGAAAGACAGAGCACGGUGAAGCAUGCCCCCGAUGUCGUGCUGGAUACCUUGGAACAAGUGAAAAACUCGCCCACCCCUGCAACUUCCAUGGAAUCUCUAAGCCCCCUGCACAACGUCGCCCUCAGGAGCUCGGAGCCUCAGAUUCGCCGGAGCACGAGCUCAUCCAGUGAUACAAUGAGUACUUUCAAGCCGAUGGUGGCGCCCAGGAUGGGCGUGCAGCUGAAGCCCCCAGCCCUUAGGCCAAAGCCUGCUGUUCUUCCAAAAACAAACCCUACUGUAGGGCCUGCUGCACCUUCCCAGGGUCCCACAGACAAGUCUUGCACGAUGUAGAAACCAAGGUCCCGAGGGGAGGGAGUCUGAAGUUGAAGAUAGAUUAGUGACAGUGGUCUGUGACGUUCCUCAGUCUUGCGCCUAUAACUGGAGAUCUGUUGACUUUUCUAUGUCGUCGAAUGUAAUGAUGUCGGGGGCUAGCUACAUUAACAUGGGCAUUUGUAUUUUGUAACCUUUUUUAAUAACUGGACAUAUGUCAUUUUAAAGACAAUAGAAACUCUUAGACUUACUUGAAAAUCCAAUGCUGCAGCCCUUGUAACGAAGGCGACACCUUGCCCCCUGCGGUAUAUGACUUUGGAUUAGCGUGGCCCGGGUGAGUGGCCUGUGAGAAAGAGAACCCGAGUUCCAGGUCUUACUGGAGUAUCACCCGCCAUGGUCUGUGACACAUGCGGGAAGAGCCAUUGGCUAGAAACCAACACCGAGCAUCCAGAGUGGGGUCAGCAACUAUUAAAAGUCAGAGAGGGGGCUUCAGUGAGACUUUCAGUCCAUGGCUUGCAGGGGCUCCAUGAUGGCCCCUUCCAUAAAUGUCAUUUCCCUGGAUCUGGGUUAAGAACUCAAUGGAAGAAGGUAGAAAAACCUCAGCUAUUGCUUGACCUGAACCUGGAAAGGCAGAGGAGACAGUGUCUCCAGAGCUGUUGGCAUUGCUCCCUCCGAGAACGCGAUCUGGCCCUGGAGAUGUCCAAGUUCACCACCUCCAUUUGCAAAGGACUAGAGCAGUUGAAUAUCGAGGACUUUCUAACUCCAGCACAAACUCCUACGAAGUUGUUCAAUAACUGCCUGAGAAAUAUUUCUCCCUUCCUUCAAACCCCAUGCUCUCCUUUAUGGCAAUGGAAACAAACAGACAGGAAAUUGAUCCAUGGAUGUUGUGACCUAAUUACCUUGCUUCCUUUAGUUCAAAAAGGCCCAGUGGUCCCAAAUCCUGAACCCCCAGCUCUGUUGCCCACAUCUCUUUGAGCCAAGCCAGAUGUGGCUACGGUACUGAGUGAGAGCCCUGUCGAGCCGCCACGGGAAGAUGACCCUGUGGUGCCGGGAUGGCCUCUUCCCGGUUUUGUACCUCAGAAUCAUGAUUUCUGUGCUUGUCCUGUUCAUGUUUGGUUUGUUGUUUUGGAUUUUGCCUGUGACCUCUAUGGAACUCAUCUAGUCAAAUGGACUCAGUUAGGAACUUCUUUCCUGGCAUUUUAGCGCAUAGCCAUUUUUCUUUAUCAUAUAUUUACUCUAUUUUUCCUCUAGCUUAAAAAAAAAUAGCAGACUGUGUGUUUGUUUAGUACUGGGAUUGAACCGGAGGCCUCUUGCAUGCUAAGCACACACUUUACCACUGAGUUAUAUCCACCCCCACGCCCGUAUCGUUCUGAACACAUUGUUUUUACUAAGGUACCGAUGGUCCACCUAGCCACAGCCACUGAUGUCUGCACGUCCUGAUGAAGCAAGCAGGUGGCUCAGAACAAACCCCUUUGGACACACCAUUAAUCACCUUUUAGGUCUAAUCUCAGACUGGCAUGCCCACCUCAGAGUGGCACAGUGUUGGCAAUAAUUCACGCAGAAACCAAGUAAGAUCUGUACUAAAAUCAAAAUCAUGAGUGACUGCUACCUCAGUUUGCUGAUCUAAUCAUCCCUUUGCAGGAAAACAAUAUGGAUGAAAUAUUCCCUUUCCAAGUCGCUCUCCUCAUUUCACAACCACCCCCAGGUACUUCCAGGAAUGGUAAGGUUUUAAACCUCACAACUGCCAGCGGUGGUGGUGGUGCACACCUUUAAAUCCAGUACUCGGAGGCAGAGACAGGCAGAUCUCUGAGUUCAAAGCCAGCCUGGUCUACAGGAUGAAUUAUUCCAGGACAGCCAGGACUACACAGAGAAAAAUAAUUCAAAAUUUUCAGGACCAUUCUUUUUGGCCAUUUUGUAAAAGAAACCGUAGAGACCCAGCCAGGAUUGAGGUUUGCUGGACACUGAGCCUUUUAAACAUCCCACCUCUGGUUUCCUUGGGAGUUCAUCGUCUCCUCAAUGAACCCAUUUACUAGAAAUCAAUAUCAAUUCUUAAAACCAUGUUUCUUCUUUGAUGGAGGAUGCUCGCAGAAGUCAUAAGAAACUAGCAGCUUUAGGAUUUAUUUGUAAAUACCUUUCUUAAACUUGAAGUUUAGUUUUCCCCAUCGUCCUCCUCCAAACAGCUCUCUGGCAAUCCUCCCCACCCACCUCACCCCUGCUGCAACCCCACUGCUGCCUUCUGUGUGUCCAUCUAUGCCUUUCUGUCCCCCUAGGUCAGGCCUUUGCCGCCUUGAAAGAGAAGGGACAUGCUUUUGUAAGUCCCUUGGGAUCUCAGGCCUGGGCCUCCGGGGAAUGGCUCCUAGUUCCCACCCAUCCUUCACUUACCUUUUCCUCCCUCUUCUCUCCUGUAGUCCUGUUGACGGUUCCAGACGUCUCCAGAGAAGCAGUCACUUUUCCUUCCUUUGCCUAGUAAUGGACCAACAGUUUUACACCUUCACAUUUGGCGUGGGCCCCCUUGGAGCCAUGCACAGAAUAGUUUAAGAUAAGAUGUCCCCUGCACGGAGGACCCUAAAAGCUGCAGCAACUGAGACGGGUCACCCCGGCAGGGUUCAAGCCACAGAAGGAACUCACAGAGGAAAGGGACAAGGAAAGGAAGGAAAUGCAUGAACCCUGAGGUCCUCCGUCCUCUCCCAGAUCUCAGUGUCUGUAUAUAGUUCAUGGAGGGGGUCGUUUGAUGAGCAGAUUGUAGUCCACAACACUAUCUGACUCCACGUACACAAAAUAGCCAUAGUUGUUAGGACUGUGUGCUUUGUCCCGUCCAUAGAACCCUGGUGCCGAUUUGCAGAGCCCUUUGGUGUGAGUUGGGGUUUGAGGGAUGGAUUGUUAGGAACCGAGUGCACAUCUUUUAAAGAGCAUCACAAUAAAAUGUCAAACUGUUGAGGACACUCUGGAGCUCAAGUUAUUGCUGCAGGUCAACAUUGUUCACCCGUCUUACUUGUGUUCACAAAACCUAAGCUAACUGUGGUGCCCCAGAGCCAUCCACAGAAUAAUUCAUAGUGAGGUCCCACUUAUUCUGCUACCAUAGUCAUGAGUGGAUAAAGAACUCCCAAGGGUCAGAUGGUCUCUUUGAGUUUUCUGUAUACGUUUGCCAUUCCCAAAGAGGCUUUUUAAUUUGAUUAAGAAGGGAAAAAGAGAGUUGGGUUGGUGGUGGUGGUCUCAGCAUUUAGGAACGGCUCAGCCUCUGAUGUCUACAAACUGAAGGAACCAUGUUCUGACAUCUGAAAUCCAACAGUAAAGAGACUGCCUGUCCAUUGAGAGCUCAGAUUUGGGUUGAUCCUUAUUCCUGACCACAGCAGCAAAGACCAUAAAUGCAGCAAAUGCAUUUGGGAUGCCAUCUCCACUGUUUGCCACUGAGACCCCGGGACACAGAGAGCCCAGAGCUGAGAGCUCUCCCCAUGUACAAAUAGAACCCUCCUAUUUCAGGCCUCCCCCCGCCCCUCCCGAGCUGAAAGCCCCCCUCAAGCUCCAGCUGGCCUGGAGUACCAGGCUUGCAUCAGGAUGACUUCGGCACAGAUAGUAAAGCCAGAGGCGAAGCCUAGCUUUCACUCAUCCUAGUAUACUUUAUUUAAAAAAGAAAAUGUCUCGGUAUAAUCAAAAUGGGUACCUGUAUCUUUAAAUUAUAUAGGGGAUUUUGUAUGUUUAAAUAAUUGUACUGGGUUCCAUAAUGCUUACCUUAGAAACUAGUAAAAGAAAACUCUAUAAA